AUGAGCUUCGUAACACAAGUCAGAGUGCGAAACCCAAAUUGGGGUCCUUUAAAGUUUCGUGAUGGCACCAUCGUGUUUACAUACCAAGGUGUGGUUGUUGGGCAAGUUUAUAUUCCAAAUGGCAAAGUCGGAUUGCGAUCCACCAAAAAAAUCACUGUGCUUGUGAAUGUGAAUUCUAAUGUGUUGCCAAGCAAGUCUGCUCUUGGAAAUGAGCUCAGCAAUGGCUUGCUGUUGCUGACCAGCACAACCGAGUUGAAGGGAAAGGUUGAGUUGAUGCUGAUCAUGAAGACAACGAAGACAGCUGAAUUGAGCUGCUCUAUGGUGUUCAAUUUGGCAGCAAGGUCUCUCCAGAAUUUGGAUUGCAACUGA